UAUAGUGAGAAUGAUGAUGGACAUUUUGUACCAAGCACUUUUUCGGCUCCAGAUGUCCAAAAUAUUAACGAAAAUGUUGUAUCCAAUGUUAAUUGCGAUUCUCAACCUGGUGGAUCUUCUCAACUGAUUCAUAUUCAACUAAUACAAGUAAAUUAAAUUUUCCCCACUUUAUGUAGUAAUGGAUAUUGAUGUCAAUUUAUUUUUCGAUUAUUGUAGGCUCCAGCUGUGGAGGGCAACUUAUUUUCAAACGUCAUUUAUGGCUUUGUAAGCUUUUAAUUAUAUAAAAUUUAUGCUAAGGCUUGUUUUUUGUAACAUUCAUACUUUAACAGAAUAUUGACAAAGUUUUGAUGGCUGAUGAGACGGUGCGAAAUAUAAUACUGUCGAAAAUUCCUGCUGGAGAAUUCAUAUUGCGGGCUGACCGACAAGCUAUUGCUGGUAUUCUCAUUAAUGCCAUAAUUCGAUGCCUCGGAACAUGGUAAAUAACAAUAAAAUAUCUGCAGUUAAUUCCUUAUUAAUUUUUUACUUUUUUUCAGCCCUGGCAAGGCCGCAAUGGAACAAGUUGCAAAGCAUUUGGUAUUAAAAUAUCCAAGUUUUGGUGAUGUGCGACGCCAAGAAAGAGGAUGGGAAAUGUGGUUCUUCCAUACUCCUUUUGCACCAGCAGCCACCGGAUUUUUGGAAGAGCGACUAAAAAGCCAGAGGAAAAAAAUAAACAAGAAAACUCCGACGAAAAAUCUCCAAGUUGUUCUCUUCAACGAAAAUUCACUUUCUUGGAACUCUGACGAUGACGACGAACCUGAACCUGAUGAGAGGAAAUUUGAGUACAUGAGGCAAAAUAAGGGAGUUGAAGUGAUCAAUAUCAUGAAAAACACCGUGUUCCAACGGCGCACUCUCAUUCGGCGACACACUUCUCAACCCGGCACGCUUGAUAUCUCAGCAUUACCGAAACUCUGCGAAAUUUUGAGACCUCUUUUCGACACAGACAACAUGAUUGUACAAGAUUUCAACAUCCGUCACCCCACAUUGUCUCUAAUAAUGUAUGAUCGCUGGCCCAAGGUGGCAAAGCUAUUACUAGAAUAUGCAGAAAAAAGUGGAAUCAAUUACGGGAAAAAACUCGGGAUUUCAAAGAAUCGAUAUGAUUUUACAAAUGAUGAUACUUAUUUAGUGGCCUACUCUCUCCUUCCAUUCAUUUUGCCGUCUACAGGAAGACGACUAAAAUGUGACUCUCAGGAUGGCCAUGACUCCGACGACGAGGAAGCUGAAGGCCCCCCUCCACCAAAGCGAUCGCGAGGGAAACGACAGAGCAAAGGAAAAGCUUCGGAUUUGGAUACUUUGCAGAGCUUAAUUAUUUUUAAACCGAAAUUAACUCAUGUCGCCAAAGUAAUCAAAGAAAAUACCACGAUGUCGCCUUUCAUUUUGGCUCUGGGAUCACCGUCGAACUUGGAGUUUGUCUCAUUUUUCGUCAUUUUUCAGAAAAUCGCCAUUCCUUGCGGGGAAAAAUUUUUGAAGGCUUUCGACACGUGCUUUAAACUCUUUACCGUUUUGUACGUCCCUCUGCCAUUGAAGUCAUUGGAUCUUUGGAUGUUCAUCGUUCAUGGUGUUGGAGGUAAGCCGUGUUUACGGGAUGAACUUCCACCCGUGGUUCAGUCACUAAUCGGUCAAAUUAUGCCACGAGUUUAA